GGGCGCGGCGCGCGGGCGGAGCCGGGGGCGCGCGCGGCGGAAACGCGGGAGGGGGAGGAAGGGAGCGGCGGGAGCGGCGGCACCGCGGGCGGAGCAGAGCGAGAGGCAGCGCGCCCGCCGCCGAGCCCCGGCUGCCGAGGGGCUGCGCGCCGAGAUGGAGCAAUUAUCAGAUGAAGAACUUGACCAUGGUGCAGAAGAAGAUAGUGAUAAGGAAGAUCAGGAUCUGGACAAGAUGUUUGGGGCCUGGCUUGGGGAACUGGACAAACUUACACAGAGUUUAGAUACAGACAAGCCCGUCGCACCAGUGAAGAGAUCACCUCUCCGUCAGGAAACUAAUCUUGCCAACUUCUCGUAUCGCUUCUCCAUGUACAAUUUGAAUGAAGCCCUGAAUCAGGGGGAGACUGUGGAUCUAGAUGCCCUCAUGGCUGAUCUCUGUUCCAUAGAGCAGGAGCUCAGCAGCAUUGGGUCUCAUUCAGCAAACAAUGCUGCAGUGAAACGCCUUGCCGCAGAACCCAAAGCUCCAAAACCACCUGCUAGCCGACCUUCUACUAAGCACAGCAGCAUGAAAGGAAUAUCCUCCUCAUCUGGUAAGGUGUCUAAACCAUCACAUGCCAACGUAUCUUUGGAUGACAUCACUGCGCAGUUAGAGAAGGCCUCUUUGAGCAUGGAUGAGGCAGCUCAACAGUCUGUUGCAGAAGACACCAAACCAGUAGUUACUGCUCAGCACAGGAGGACAGCAUCUGCUGGCACAGUGAGUGAUGCAGAGGUGCGCUCAAUCAGUAAUUCAUCCCGUUCCAGCAUAACUUCUGCAGCUUCCAGCAUGGACUCCUUGGAUAUCGAUAAGGUGACGAGACCUCAGGAACUGGACUUAACGUCACAAGGGCAACCAGUCACUGAGGAGGAACAGGCUGCUAAACUCAAAGCUGAGAAGAUUAGGGUUGCAUUAGAGAAGAUUAAAGAAGCACAAGUGAAAAAGUUGGUGAUCAGAGUCCAUAUGUCUGAUGACAGCUCAAAAACAAUGAUGGUAGAUGAGAGGCAGACCGUGAGACAAGUAUUAGACAAUCUGUUGGACAAAUCACAUUGUGGUUACAGUUUAGACUGGUCAUUGGUGGAAACCAUCUCUGAAUUGCAAAUGGAAAGGAUCUUUGAAGAUCAUGAAAAUUUAGUUGAAAACCUUCUGAACUGGACAAGAGAUAGUCAAAACAAACUAAUGUUCGUGGAACGUAUAGAGAAAUACGCACUUUUCAAAAAUCCCCAGAACUAUCUUCUGGGGAAGAAAGAAACCUCUGAGAUGGCCGACAGAAAUAAAGAAGUGCUGCUAGAGGAAUGUUUCUGUGGAAGUUCUGUAACUGUGCCAGAGAUUGAGGGAGUUUUGUGGCUCAAAGAGGAUGGUAAGAAGUCUUGGAAGAAACGUUACUUUCUUCUUCGAGCUUCUGGAAUCUACUAUGUCCCUAAGGGGAAGGCAAAGGUCUCGCGGGAUCUCGUGUGCUUUCUACAGCUAGAUCAUGUCAAUGUUUAUUAUGGACAGGACUAUCGGAACAAAUACAAAGCACCUACAGACUAUUGUUUAGUGCUAAAGCAUCCUCAGAUCCAGAAGAAAUCCCAGUAUAUCAAGUAUCUUUGCUGCGAUGAUGUAAGAACUCUACACCAAUGGAUCAACGGCAUCCGCAUUGCUAAGUAUGGGAAGCAACUAUACAUGAACUAUCAGGAAGCUUUGAAGAGAACAGAAUCGGCGUAUGACUGGACUUCCCUGUCUAGCUCCAGUAUCAAGUCAGGCUCCAGCUCAUCUAGUUUGCCAGAAUCUCAGUCGAACCAUUCUAAUCAGUCUGACAGUGGAGUUUCUGACACCCAGCCAGCUGGACAUGUCCGUUCUCAAAGUAUUGUCAGCUCCAUGUUCUCUGAGGCCUGGAAACGAGGCACUCAACUGGAGGAAUCCAGCAAGGCCCGCACGGAGCCCGCAGCUCGGCCCUUCGUGUCUGUGGCACCGCCCGUGUCCCCACAAACCAAAGUGGCGACCCCGUACGCUGCCUCACAGCCUUCGCCCCCGCUGCCCCCGCCUCCCCCACCUCCCCCGCCACCCCCCCCACCCCCACCGCCGCCGCCACCCCCGCUGCCCAGCCAGGCAGCCUCGUCCGCCGGCUCUCCCGCUGCCAUGUUUGUCAAGUACAGCACCAUCACCCGGCUGCAGAACGCUGCCCAGCACGGCGGGCCUUUCUCCAAAGCUCCUGCUGCCCAGCAGCCGCCCCCAGCGAAGCCCCAGAUACCAGUGCCCCCCAACGGGGCCGUGCCGCCUCCCCCACCGCCGCCGCCACCCCCGACGCCGGGCUCGGCCAUGGCACAGCUGAAGCCGGCACCAUGUGCCCCCUCUGUGCCACAGUUCACGCCACCACCGCCACCCCCCAAAAUCCAUCAGGUUCAACCAAAUAUGAGCCAGGCCGCUGCCACCUCCUCGUUGCCACCGCCUCCCCCUCCCGUGCCGGCCCCGAUCCCGCCCCAGGCACCCCCAAAGCCUGUCAUGGCAGCUCUGCCCCCGCAGCCUAGUGGGAAGGCAGCGUCACCAGGGGUCACGCAUGCCACCCCUCCUCUGCCAGCUCCCCCGCCGCUUGCAAUGAAGAAACAGCCAAGCGUCACCUCUCCCCAGGUGCCCCCGCUGCCCCCAGCCCCUCCCGGCCCAACUCCCCCCCCAACGUUCCCAAAGCAGCAGAGCUUCUCUGUGAAGCCUCCUCCGUCUCCCCAGUCCCCAGUGCCAUCGGUGGUGAAACAGAUAGUUAGCCAGUUCCCACCUCCUCCCACCCCACCUGCCGCUGAGCCCCAGCCUCUGAAACCCCUUCCACUGAGUGUGGCUCCACAGUCACCUCCAGCAGUGAAGGCCAAGCCUAAAUGGCAGCCCGCUUCUGCUCCCUCACCAGAUUUUCCUCCUCCUCCACCAGAGAGCAGCUUAGUGUUUCCUCCUCCACCUUCUUCCCCAGCUUCCUCUGCAGGUUCUCCCCCCCCUGACAAAUCAGGGUCUCCAGUCAAAAAGACCAGCAAGACAUCAAGCCCUGGAGGGAAGAAACCACCUCCAACACCUCAGCGAAACUCCAGCAUCAAGUCCACCAGCUCCACUGAGUACCACGAGUCCAAGAGACCUUCAGUGGACCGCCUUGUCAGCAAAUUUGCACACACCCCAGAGCCGUCAGGGUCUUCUUGCAAGGAGUCAUCGCCUCCUGCAGCCCCUCCAAAGCCAGGAAAGCUCAACCUUUCUGGGGUGAGCCUGCCCAUUGUCCUUCCACAAGGAGGGAUCCUGGCCAAGGCUCCCGUUCCAGGUGUGUCUGGGAAGGAACCUGUGGUCGAAUUCCCUUCACCACCAUCCGAUUCAGACUUUCCGCCACCACCACCUGAAAUAGAUCUUCCGCUCCCGCCAGUUGAGAUCCCAUCCGUGUUUUCAGGCAGCACCUCCCCAAAAGUUGCUGUUGUCAAUCCCCAACCUCAGGCAUGGUCAAAACCAUCUGUGAAAAAAGCCCCGCCACCCACGCGUCCCAAGAGGAACGACAGCACUCGACUGACACAGGCAGAGGUCGCAGAGCCACCGGGGUCCGCUGGCCCUCAAGUGCCCACUUCUCCCAAGUCCAGCCUUAGCGUUCAGCCAGGGUUCCUGGCAGACCUCAACCGGACGCUGCAGCGGAAAUCCAUCACCCGGCACGGCUCCCUGUCCUCUGCGCGGAUAUCCAGAACAGAGCCCACGGCCACCAUGGAUGACAUGGCCCUGCCUCCGCCUCCGCCAGAGCUGCUGGCUGACCAGCAGAAGACAACCAGUUUCGGGGGUGGUCAUAUAUCCGGCUAUGCAACGUUACGGAGGGGGCCACCUCCUGCGCCUCCCAAAAGGGAUCAGAACACCAAGCUGUCACGGGACUGGUAGUCGGUCCUCAGUGGCUGGUGCUCUCCGUGACUUGUGGGCCGCUCUGUGAUUGGCCAACCUGUAAUCUGGUGCACUUGGAGAGAAUGUGGGCACGUGGAUGAUAGUCCCAUCAAAAGAGGUGAUCUCCAACUGUAGUUAAGGCUAAAUGUAAAGACUUUCCCCUUCCAUGGCGAGGCCAAAAAAGCUGAGGGUUGGGGGUGUUGGUAUUUUAUCGGGAAAGGUGGGUAGAGAGGCAUUGACUUAGCAUUUCAGUUUCUUUUACCCUUCAUAUGGAUUGGACCAAAACCCGUUUUCUUACUUUUUCUGCAUUUAGGGAAGGAGGGGAAAUGAUUUUUGUAGUGUCUGUCCAUGUGAGACAUGUUUGUGCAUGUAUUAUAAGUGUAGGUAUAUAAUAUAUUGUGAUAUAUUUCGUCGCAAUUAUAGAAGAUAACCAGAAUGUUUUUGUAGAACCGUAUUUAUUGUUUCAGUCACUAUAUUAUCUGGAAUCGGGCUCUGUAAGUAUGCAAAUUGUACCACAAAGAUGAAGAUGUAGGGCGCACUUUAAAGAAAGAAAGAUUUAAACCCCUCGCCCCAGACCUCUUGUCAGGUGGUGGCGGGUGAGCGGUGCAGAGCUGAGGUGUUCUGCUGGUAACUGUUCCUUGUCCAUGGAUUGAAAAGUACCGAUGCAACAUACCGAAACAUUCUGGUCAUAAUACUACUGAAAAUGAGUAUGUUCAGAGAAAGAACAUAGAUUUUAUAUAUAGUGGGCUGGAGUGAAAUAUAUUUAUACUAUAAAGAGCCUCCCCCUCCCUUCCAAAUAGUUUAAAAAUAUUGAUUGCUACAAAUUAUUUCAAAGAUAUUUGUCCAUGCAUAUGAAGCAUAAAUAUAUAUUAUUCCAAUCCGUUAUCCAUUCUAACUUUAUAGUAGGCUCAAUCAUUUGUUUCUGUGGCUCAAGAUGAAUAUAUUUGUGUUAACCUGUUCUGAAAGCUGCCAGGACUCUUGCAACCAAUGCCGAACCGCAAGGCUGAUGCACACCGAUCCAUCACUUAUAUGUAAUUCUUUCCCUGAAGGAUCAGGUAAGUGUCUGUAGAGCGCUUUAUGUUUUCCCACAUAUGGAGCAUACGGUCUGACUGCCUCUGGGCCUGAUAAAGAUGUGUUAUCUUUACAAAAACUAAUGUCUGGAAAUGUCUAAAAAAAGCGUUGUUUGUAAUCCGUUAGAAACUAUCAGGAAAUGUUCCCUUCUAGAAAGAGAACAGAGUGGCGGUUUCAGGCCAAGCACAGUGGGAAUUAUCUCUUCUUUGACCUGCCAGACACUGGGAACAGAGCUUAGCCCUGCUGAUUAUGAAGUUGCACUUCUGGCAGUCAAGGGAGAAAACUGGAAAAAAUGACAACCCUGAGAGGCAAUAAACAUUUGCUAAUAAUUUAAUUUAAGGGCCCAUACGAGUAGGAAAGAGUCUGUCAUAUUCGGUUUGGGUUUCUUGUUUGCCACUGAUUCACAGCCCAUCCAUCACCAGAUCAAGCACUUAAGUCCGUUUCGUGCCACCAUUGUAGUCCUACGCACCUGUUUGGGCACGAUAAGGUAGCGUGGUUAGCGUAAGCGAUCUUACCUACCCCCCCGUGUCCAUUACAGGGUUGCAGGGUGCAGCCUCUGUAAAGUAACUGAAAUACUUGGGGCUGUACCCGCCCUAUCGGCUGUUACAGCUUCCCGCAUCGCCGGGGGUACUGGCGGGGCUCGGAUGACAAAGGAGUUUACUGUUAUUUUACCUUUUCUCCAAAAGCAAAUUUUACACGUUUUCCUUCUCCCAAAGAAUGAAACGAAGUAGCUUGACAGUAUCCUCAAAUGUGUAAAAAAAGAUGUAAACUAAUCUCUUACCAGAGUAAUUCAGGCUGAUAGAUUUAUGAAAUAUUGUGACAGUGUCCCCCAUCCCUUUUUUUAUAAAAUGUUUUUUAAAAAAUCCAAAUUAUAAAAUAAAUGUCUCUGAAUAAUUUAUGAAUAAGAAAAAAGCUUUGCUAAUUAGAGGGGGGAAAUGACACAUCUAUAAUGAUGUAGUUUUAAAUAAGCGCAUCAUGAAAAGAGAAAAAUUAACGGUGCUGUCUCUGCUGACCUGUUUCCUAUGAUUUUUUUAAAAAUCUGUUUCAGCACCUCUGGAAAUUGUUUUAAUAUUUCAGACUAGUUUUUUUGAGCAAUAAGAGUAAAUACCAUUGUGUGCAUUUUUAAAGCACUACUAUGGACAGGCACUUUUUUGUACCUUUCAAAUUAUUCACAAAGUUUUGUUUCUACUAUUUUUGUGCAUAUAAAGUGUCCUUAAAAGCAUUUGCAUUGUUGAUUUUAAGCAUGUUCGGUGUAGCUGGCGAAUAACUUCACAGGACAGCUGUGAAGCUGCGCCGUGACUCAUGGGUGCUGUAAUUUCCAACAUUGUUCCUCCCGCUGCUCGGCACCGCGUGCAGCUCCUGGACUCACAUCCACCAGCGGAGCAAAAAGCGCACAGGUCCAGUGGGAAACUCCCUCAGCUGUUGUUGAGGACAGGGAAGCGGCACGUUCUCCCACUCCCUGGCAAAGGUACACCUGCACUGAUGCAGCGUGUGCUCCCAGAUGAGAGCAGUCAGGAAAGUCUGCUUGCCCAUCUGUUUUUCUUUUCCCUCAAGACGGCUCCACUGGUGUGUGUCAGUUCCAGCCCUUUUUCUUUCAUUCAUUCGGUGUGGGUACCUCUGGGCUUUGGACUCAGCACAGCAAUGUUUUGAGUGCAAUUUCUUCAGAGGCAUUUGAGCUUUGUUCUCAUUUUCUUGUGCUGAAGUCCAUUCACCCAGUAUUUCUCCCCAGACGAUGAAUCCAUGCUUACCUCUGCGGGCUGCUACGCGGCUUGCUGGGAGACAGAAAUUUAAACCUUAAAGUUCGCAGCAAAAAGAAUAAGUGUCAGCACAGGUGGCACUCUGUGUUCCUUCUCUUACAACUUGCUGCCUCAGCCAGGAGUGAUACAGAAAUGCAGCGAGUGGCUGCCACCGACUUUCUGUCAGCUGAGCGCUGAAGUGCGGUUCAGACAACCUGGUUGCCUUUUCAGCAUGUGAGACCCCUCCUUGUAACUUCUCCAAUGUGUUUACUGGCUUUGUAACAGUAAAUGUUUAUGCCUUAUUUGCAAGUAAGUUAUUUUAACCCAUGAGCACCGACCGGUCUCAUAAUUGCACCGUUAGACUUACUUAAAUCAGAAAACCAAGGGGCCAGAUCUCAGACAUGGAGCAAGAAGCUUCCUGCUACAAACAUGGGCUGUAAUCAUUUUGGUGCUAUUAAAAUGAACGUGUGAGAGCUCAGCUUUCACACUGUGGACACAAAGACAGCAGAUGGCUUCCUAAAACACAAAGAGUAUAGCUGGAGUUGUGUUACUUGAUGCCUUUGACACUUGUUAGGGCAGGUGUUGGGGAAAGCCCCGCUCCUGCCGGGGCACCUGAGGGCACAGGUUGCAUUUGUUAGUCUGCUCCAGGUUUGGUCAUUUCCUCUUUGCCACACACAGCAGCAGCAGCAGCAGCAGCAGCAGCAUCCACCACGAAGCAGUGGGGUCCCUCCUGUUCAGCCAGGUUUCUCCAUGCCUGCAGCACAGGUGUGAAAAGCAGGGAACUGGUCUUCUAGGACACUUUCAUUGCAGUUCGUGUCCCAGGAGUUGCUUUGGAAGGGGAAAUGGGUCUCUCCCAUCAACACUGACCUUAGAGCCGGGGGGGGGUUGCUUUUUAAAAUUCUCUCUCCUCUAAGCAAGCUGUAGGUCACGUUUGAGGGGGAUUUGCUGGGGGGAUGUUUAGGCUUUCAAAAUCUCUGGCUGGGGAAGGAUUUGGGGUACAAGUCUCUCAGUAAAAUAAUUCUAUUGUUUUCUAUGGGAGAUGAAAGCCCUGCCUUGCCCUGUGCAGUGGUUUCUCCUGUGGCAAAGCACCACUGACCUGGUGCACAACCUCGAAGCCAAAGACAACCUUUCCUGACCCAAAUCUGCAGUUUCUUGCAGGGCAGCAGUGACUGACCGAUGCAUCAGGGAAACAAAGCAAAGGUACCUGAAUCCUUUUGGGUUUGGGUCUGAUGGGAGAGGGAGCAGCUUUUCCAACAAGUGCAGUUUAAGAUUUCCUGUUCUUGACUCGCACAUUUAAAGGUGUUAUAAUUUCAACUGUCUCUGCCCUCAGGCAGCCAGGUAACUCAGAUCAGCUUCAAGUGCAGCCAGUUUUUUUCCUGUGAGUUAAAAUUUUUUCCACGGUUCAAGAACCAAAAGUGCCGUUUCAACACCAGAAGGAUAAAAGAAUUUUUCUGCCUCUUAGAGAAAACUGUGUAGAACUUACUUGUUUUACUUCAGUGGUACCAUUGCAGGUAAAAUUGUUUCGUAUUCAAAAUUAGAUUGUAAGUGGGUCUUACUAUGAGUAUUGAGUCAAACAGAGUCACGCUAAAGUCAGCUGCACUCUGGGAAAGCGAUACAAUUUCCUGACAGCAGGUAGCGAGAACGCAGCCAGAACAUGGGCGUUUGGGGCUUGGGGGUUUUCUCCUUUUUUCAUUGUUAAGGUGUGGAUUCCAUACUUGUUCAAGCAUCGCUCCUCGCUUGGAGGUGACAGGAAGUCACAGAAGGAAGGGGGAGGAGAGGUUUUCCUAAAUGCCCAUUUGUGGUUCCUGGUGUUCAGCUUUGCAUUCCCUCACACAGUGGGAGCAGACUCCGACCCAGAGAGGAUUUAACACUACAGGGGAUAGUUUCUCUUAGAGGUUUUUGUAUUGUGCUGGUGGGGUUUAAGCUACUUAUAAUUAAGCUUGUCUAAAGUUGAAUAAUUUCCCCUUCCGAAUUCUUCUCCCCCUUCAACUAAAAAAAAGCCCAUGAAGACUGACAAAACCAGUGUUGAGGCGUCAGCACUCACCCAUCCUCUGAUCCAGUGAGGCACAGGCUUGGCCUAGAUUUGAGGAGUUUAAGACACUAAAACUGCAAAUGAGGCAACAACAUAUGCUUAUCCCUCACGAUGAAAGUAAUGUAAAUAAGGUAAAUUAAUUGCCACUAACAUAGGAAAAACGGUGAUUUGGGUUGAUGGCUUUGGUGUGCUGAGGCGCUUGGCCCAGCGAGGUGAGUUGUGUACAUCACACGUGUGUGUCUUGGGUGAGGAGAGUUAGAGAGCAGGAAGGAGCGCUGCCUCCACAAUCCCUCCCAGCAGGGGUUUAGUGAGGGGACAGAGGACGAAGAAAUUUGAGUAACUGACUUAGGAACCCCCCCUUAUUUAAAUGCUUAAAGGUGGCUCGUCUUUUAGGUGACUUAGGAAUGGAACUGGUUGUUCCCUGCAGUGGAAAACAGUUUCCUGCCACCUUUCCCAAGAUGCCAAAGAUGCAUUCAGAGCUCAGUUCCAGGCACACAGCUGUGCUUGCACCAGGAGCUGAAGUUUGGCAAGAGACCAGGGCUGCCUCUGUGAGAUGUCGUGCAUCUCUUGCAAGCGCUGAUAACUGGGCACACAUCUGCGAGGGCUGGAGCAAAAGGCAGCUUAGCAAACAAACCUGUGUCCAACGCUACUCGCUGCGGAUUUGGUGCAGCAGCAGAAAGCUUGUACUUCUAAAACAAAAGCUAACGACUUUGCCACAAGUUGUAAUUUCAAAUCUAAGGUCUCCUUCUAGUGGACUAUGUGGACCAGAAAUUAACUGGAGCAGCAGUUUGGUUUAUGGCUUACGCUAAUUGUUAGCAGCCACGAGUGAUAUUCUGUGUAAUACUGGGGAUGCAAAUGUAAGAAAAAAGUGUCAUUGCAAUGAUGAGUUGUCUGGGCAGCAAACGUGUGCCGAGUGCUGUAAAUACAUUCAUGUUUACUGCUUUAAAAAGAAAAUUGCACAUUUUAUCUUUCAAUGGGAUUGCCUCCCCUCUUCUUCCCUUUCCAAAAAGAAAAAUCAAAGCUCUUUUAGACUGAUAGCUUCAGGUUGGGGGGAGCUUUGCCAUAUUAUAAAUAUAUAUAAAUAUAUGUAUAAAUAUACUUUUUUAAGCAUGGGAGAGGACAAAAAAAUACAUUAUAGAGUACCCAAUAUAGAACAUUAUACAAUGGAAUAUGCACAAUUCAAUAAAGAUGUAGUUAAAUUUAAUAAUUUGUUUUAAUCCUCUGUCUUGCCCUUUCUUUUGUCAUGAGUUCAGAACCCAGAUUGUGUUCUCAGGGCACCCAUGGGUUCCCCUCCGUAGGGCUCAGCUAUUUGACAGCCUUACAGGUUACAUUUAUAUAUGCUCACUCUCAAUAAAAUCGCUUUUCAUUGUUCCUUUGCACAGUUCUUUCCCGUGGGUCAGAGCUGGCUGUACAGGUAACACGGUGCACACCAGUUACAAGUCUAAAGAGGAACCCGGUGUGAAGGCUCACCUUUUCCACCUGCCUCCUCAGGCGUGCAGGGUCCCGUACUACUCUGCUCACGCAACAACCGCUGACACCUGGUAAGUGUUGCUGUGGGCCCGCUCUGGGCGCGCUGUAGGGAGUUGGGCUCCACUCACCUCCUGAGCUGUGCUCACAGGGUGGCCCUGCAUCAGGCACCAGCUUUGACAGCAGAGAUGUGAGGCAGCACAGUAGUGGUGGUUACAGGAAACGCGCAGUCCCACAGAAGUUGAGGAGCUGCUGCCAGCUCAUACCUUUGCUGGGGGAGGUGCCGUGCGCAGGGCUCCUCUGGGAGGGGGCUCCUGCAUGCACAAGCAACUCGCCCUGUCCUCCCGCUGUAGAAGGCUGUAGCCAAAGACAAGGAAUGUGACGCAGCAGUGGCACGCUCAGGGAACACAGGGCGUGUGCUUUGUUCUUUUUAUUUAGGGUUCGUAACAAGAGGGUUUAGUACACAGCAACAGUUAAUUCCAAGUACAAUAAAAAAAAUUUAAAAAUUGGGUUUUGCACUCACUGAAAGGUGGUUCAAAUGGCACACACAAGAAAACGUUACUGGUGGCAUACAGCUUCCCAGAGUCCUGUGGGCUCGGUCAUUUACAGUGGGCUCUGCACUCAUCCACUGCAUCAGCAGCGCCAAAAGCAAAGCACAGCGUGCUUCUCCUCUGACUGCAAACCAAAGGUGGCGGGGGAUCUGCUUUCAGAAAAAAGUGCAUGGACAAAAUCCAUGUUAGACACUGACAUUUCCAGAGUUCAUAGAAACUACUUGUCCAUGCAAGUUGCAAAAGACACUUUUUCAAAUGUGAAAAGAAGCACUUGUUCUUUACAAAAAAAUCUCAGACAUGUCAGCACUUUAGCAAGGCGCCGUAAUGGAGAUGAGUUUGUACAUAGCUCUUCCUCAGUAGUUAGUAGCAGUAGGAUUCUUCUGAGUUUUUAAGAGAAACAAAUGUACUGCACACGUUUCAGCAGAGUCACCACGAUGGUGUUCAGCAGGAUGCUGGGUGUAGGCUCACCUCUGGACAACAGGCUGCUGCUGAGUUUACUGUUCUGUAAUAAGUAAACGUGCUAAUAAAAUUAAUAUGUUUAGUACUAAAGAAAAAACACAUCCUGCAUGGGCAGGAGAUGAUUGCACAGGAGACACAGGUGGGUUUUUUUGAAUGAGAGCAGCAGAACACCAUGGUUUGUGAAUUAUUCUUUCUAGAAACCUUGGCCGCAUCAAGCUUUCAGCAGACUUCCCAUGGACAUGAGGUGGGGGUCCCACUAUUCUUGCAGUUCCAAAAUCAAAAGU